CCCAUUGACACUUCCUUUAUUUUCUCUGUACGUACACAAACAAACUUCUUGCUUUCUCUCCCUAUCGCUCUCAAAAGCAAGACAGACAUAUAGGAUGAGAUAUAAUCGAGUGUGCAAGCCAUUUGAGGAGACCAUCACCAUCUCUCAAACUGCAACGUGACGCUCCCCUUUGUCUUCUAUAAUUUCAGCCACCUCAAUUCCUCCCCGUUUUGCGAAGAAUUUUGCUGAUUUGAUCAUGCCGCCAGCUCUCACGGAUCCGCCAUUGUCAGAACCGUCGUCGGUGCCAUCGUCCAGCUCCGACUAUGUUCCUCAAAGAUCUGCGCUGGAGAAUCCGCGUUUCGGACAACUUAGAGGCUUGCAGUGGCGCAUAAAUCUUGGGGUUUUGCCAUCUUCUUCUUCAACUUCUAUCAAUGAUCUUCGUCGGGCCACUGCUGAUUCCCGAAGGAGGUAUGCUAGUUUGAGAAGGUGCCUCCUGGUUGAUCCUUAUACUCCCAAGGAUGGAGGUAGUUCACCUGAUCUUGUUGUGGACAAUCCACUUUCACAAAAUCCAGAGAGUACAUGGAGUCGCUUUUUUCGUAAUGCGGAGCUUGAGAGGAUGCUUGAUCAGGAUUUGUCACGUUUAUACCCAGAACAUGGCACCUAUUUCCAAACACCAGGAUGUCAAGUCUUGUUAAGACGGAUCUUAUUACUAUGGUGUGUCAAGCACCAAGAGUGUGGAUAUAGACAAGGAAUGCAUGAAUUACUGGCUCCACUGUUGUAUGUUCUCCAAAUUGAUGUGGAGCUUCUCACAGAAGUUCGAAAGUUAUAUGAAGAUCACUUCACAGACACAUUUGAUGGUCUUUUGUGUCAAGAGAAUGAUCUUUCUUAUAGCUUUGAUUUUAGAAAAUCUCCAGAUUUGUUGAAGGAUAAAAUUGGCUCCCUUGGAAAUGCAAUGAAAGUCAAGAAUAUUGAUGAGCUUGAUCCUGAGAUACAGACCAUAGUGUUGCUAAGUGAUGCUUAUGGGGCUGAAGGUGAAUUGGGAACUGUAUUGUCUGAGAAAUUCAUGGAACAUGAUGCUUAUUGCAUGUUUGAUGUUUUAAUGAAUGGGGCCAAUGGUUCAGUUGCAAUGGCUGAGUUCUUCUCUUCUGCCCCUGCAGCUGGGUCUCAUACUGGCUUACCGCCCGUCAUUGAAGCUUCUACUGCAUUGUAUCAUUUACUGUUCCUGGUGGAUUCAUCUCUGCACAGCCAUCUUGUUGAUCUUGGAGUUGAACCCCAGUACUUUGCUCUCCGCUGGUUGCGAGUUUUAUUUGGAAGAGAAUUUUCACUUUACAACCUCUUGAUUAUCUGGGAUGAGAUCUUUGCAUCAGAGAACUGUAAAGAUCAUGACAGACACUCUGGAUUUUGGGUCUUGCAAUCCCCUCGUGGAGCAUAUAUCUCUGCACUGGCUGUAGCAAUGUUACUUCAUUUGAGAUCAUCACUACUUGCUACUGAAAAUCCAACCACCUGUCUUCAGAGACUACUAAACUUUCCUGAGGACGCCAACAUUACGAUACUACUAGAGAGGGCUAAAUCUUUGCAGGCUUUUGCAUUGAGUGCUGAUGUUUCAUCUUCAUCACCUUCAUAUGCACAUACUUAUAACCAAGGUAAAUUGAUGUUUUUGAAAUCUCAAACCCUUCCAUCUGAAUCUGCUUCUCCAAAAACACCUAGGAGUUUGUUACCUGAUAGCUACUGGGAAGAAAAGUGGAGAGUUGUCCACAAGGCUGAAGAACUUAAGCAGCAAAGUAUAGAAAAAGAGGUUCCAACUCAGAAAAAGGGAUGGACUGAAAAGGUAAAGUUCAGUCUGAAGAGAGCAGGAUCUGAAGCUUCUCGUUUGAGAGGUAAGAAAGGUGAAAAGGAAUCGGAGGAAUCCGUCAAGCACAGUUUGAUCAAGGAUCUUUCUAGGGAACUUGGCUUUGAGGAACCUAUAGAAAAAGUUCAAUGCCAUGAAAACUUACGCCAGCAGGAGAAUCAUUCCGUGGUGACUGAAGAGGACCAACAAGAUGGAAGCGAUGAAGGCAACAAUUACACCAUUGAGGAUGGAUGUCUAAGUGGAAGCACCGGCAGUGAUGGGAACUUGUGCGUGAUCUCUAUCCCAACUUAUUCUGUAAAUGAGGCCAAUGAUCAUGAUAAUGAGUUAGAUGGUAGUGUUGUGUCUCGGUUCUUGCUUGAUGAAUGCCAUGAAAAUUCACAGCCUAGUCCCGUUGACUCAUCUCUUCCAAUUUCUGAUUCCCCUGAAAACUUAAGUCUGACAUCUGGUGAUAAUGAUACCACAGGAAAUUCAUCCGCCAGCACUGGGGAGAGAAAACUGAAUAGAUUUCGGAGGUUAUGGAAGGCUGGUAGGGAUACUGGUGAGGUUACAUCUGAAAAAGGUGGUGUUUGUGAGGAUGCAAAAUCUGCCAGUAGUUUUAGUAACCAAAGUAAUACAGCAGCCUCAUCUACUGCUAAUGGGCAUUGUAGUUCUGUCAGUCGUAAAGGGGAUUCUGUAGAUCAGAAUAUGAUGGGCACUUGGAGGAAUAUUGGGCAGUCCAUGCUUGACCAUAUUCAGGUAAUUGAGUCAGUUUUUCAACAAGACCGUGGCCACAUAGCCUCAUCGGAUAACACAAAAAAUGAUCUGGUUGGCAAAGGGCAGGUUACUGCCAUGACAGCUCUCAAGGAACUUCGAAGGAUCAGCAUUCUUUUGUCAGAGAUGUGAGGUGAAUCUUGUAUUGACCUGUACAUAGGUUCUGUUUUAACAAUAUUUAUUAGCAAUGAAAAGAAUUACUAGUUUUGCAUAUGUUUGGAGGCUCAUAUCUGUAUACAAGUGUCUGGGCUGUACUGUAUAAGUGUGUAUUAUAUAUAUAUAUGGCAUGAUAUUCCUGUGGGGGCAUA